CCUGCCUGUGGAGAGACCAGGACUGCUGCAGGGGUGGAAGGAGGCGGGUCACACCCUGUGGUUUUGAGCAAGAGCCAGGGAUGGAGCGCUUCCUCUGAUGACCGCUGUUCUGUGAGCUGCCCUCCUAAGGCACAGAGCGCAGACCUGAGAGGGUCAUGGAGUCCUGUUUGGGCAAUUUUAAGUGUGUGCAACAGCCACAGCAUCAGUGUCGGGGGGUCCACUUGAGGCUUGCAAACAGUGAGGCCUCCAAGGCCGAGAACACCCAGAACUCAAAGGCAGGGUCUUACGGGGUCAGCAUUCGGGUCCAGGGGAUUGAUGGUCACCCCUACGUCGUGCUCAACAAUACAGAAGGGAAUUCGCCUGAACACCUUUCGGCAUCGGAAAACGGCCAGCGGGUUGCAUCUCUGGCACUUAACAGAGCAGCACUGGAUUCUGCUUCCACUCCUGAACUUGAGGAAGAAAAUGAUGAGGACAGCCAGUGUUUAGAACUGCCUGACGCAUCUUCAGGGAUGCUUCAAGGCGUAAAGCUGGCCAGUGCAGGUGAGGAAGAGAAGAGUGCAUCCCAUUUCAGUGCUGGUCCCCCUCAGCCCUCCAGCCUCUUGAAUUUUCAGCGGCACCCAGAGCUUCUGCAGCCCUACGAUCCUGAAAAGAAUACUUUGAACUUGGAUUCCUUUCAGACUUCUUUGUUCAGUAAAUCCAAAUCUGUUGCAGAUGAAGAGAAACCUGACACCAAGCCUCGGAGCUCACCGCGAAAGCUGGUAUCAUUGGAUAAAACAAGUCUCCAGUUUGCAGAACUGGCCAAAGCAAAUCUGAAAACAGUGGAUUUGAGUACGCUGACAGCUGGUCAGGACAGAAGCGAGCAGGAACCAGAAAGUGCCAGUGUCAUAGACGGUCCUAAUGGAGCGCACGGGUCACUUUCUUCUAGUGGUGGAUCCACUUAUGCUGUGAGUUCACCCACCUCUCAAGAAACGAGGAAAUGCCAGCCCGACCUCCUCCCCUUCCGCAGACAAGAUUCAGCGGGAUCAGUACUGAAUGGCUCUCGACGGUCAUCAACUUCGUCAACUACUCCAACGUCUGCAGCUUCCUUGUACAAGUUCUUCUUAGAUGACCAAGAGUGUGCCAUUUACGCCGACAAUGUUAACCGUCACGAAAAUAGGAGAUACAUCCCAUUUUUGCCUGGGACUGGCCGUGACAUUGACACUGGCUCCAUCCCUGCCGUGGAUCAGCUUAUUGAGAAGUUUGAUAAGAAGGCUGGUCCCCCGAGAAGAGGCCGGCUGGGGAUCAGGAGCAGAAUUCACCCAGAUGAUCGUAAGCGGUCAAGGAGCGUGGACAGCGUCCUGCCCUCUGGCCUCCAAGUGAAUUCUGAUUGUUUCGAUGAAUGCAGUAAAGAUCUGAGUAAAUCCUCUGAGCGCUUGCAACUGCCACCCCAAGUAAGUUUGAAGAAGCCAUUACCUCGAGAUCGGAAGUCACCGUCUCUUGGGGAUCAGAUUGUCCCUCGGACGGUUGGUAAACUCCAGGCAACGCGUCGAGAUUCUCACAGCAGCCAUUUCAAUUCCUUGCAGUAUCACCAACAAAAUAAUCUCAUGGGUGAGGACUUGGGUUGUAAGGCAUCCACGCUUCCGCUCCAGACCAACAAAAGUGAAAAGAAAACCGUGACUUCCACUCUCUUGAUAUCAAACAGGAUUGCAAUGAUUCCUGACUUGGGAGCAAAGAAAAUUUCUGCAAAAUCUUUUCCUUCUGCUUCAAAUGCACAGGCAACGCCUGAUUUGCUGAAGGGCCAGCAGGAACUUGCGCAGCAAACCAAUGAGGAAACUGCCAAGCAGAUCCUCUAUAACUACCUCAAAGAAGGAAGCAGCGAAAAUGAUGACGCAACAAAGAGGAAGGUCAACUUGGUAUUUGAGAAAAUCCAGACUUUGAAGUCUCGAGCAGCUGGGAGCACGCAGGUUUCCGAUACUUCAGCUGAAGUCAAAGCACUGGUGGAACAGAAGGAGAGAUUGGAAAAGGAGGUUUUGGAACUACAGAGAGCUCUGGAUCUUGGGGUCAAGAAUCAGCAGAAUAUCAAAGGAGAGAGAGAUGCAACGAGAGCGGAGCUGAAGUUGCUGCAGCGGCAGCUUCAAGAGACUCUGGAGCAGAAAGAAGCCUUCCGCAAGCGUGUCGAGGAGAGCGAGAAGGACCUCCGGCAAAGCAUCGAAGAGCUGUUCCAAGUGAAAAUGGAGAGGGAGCAGCACCAGACCGAAAUCCGGGACCUGCAAGAUCAGCUCUCAGAGAUGCACGAUGAACUGGAUGCAGCGAAGCAUGCUGAGGGCGGGGAGCGGGGGCUUCUGAUUGAGGAGCUGAUGCAACUGAAGGAGCAUCUUGAAGCCGUCCUGAUGGCUAAGGAGCAGCAGGAAGAGGUCCUGAGGAAGCGCGAGCGGGAGCUGACAGCCUUGAAGGGGGCCCUGAAGGAAGAAGUCUCCACUCACGAUCAGGAGAUGGACAAGCUCAGAGAGCAGCAGGAGGGAGAGCUGCAGGCCCUGAGGCAGAACUUGGCAGAAGCAGUGGAGAGAGCUGAGGCCCUGUCUUGCACCAAAGCAUGUGCAGAGGAGAUGCAGAGAAGUGCAGAGGAGCGGGCGAAGGAGCUGGCGGACCAGAACUGGCAACUGCAGGAAACACUCGCAGAGGUGGAGACCCAAAGGAAGGAACGCCAGCAAGAGAAUGAGAGCCUGAGAGGGGAAGCGGCUCUUCUGGAGGCCAGAAUAGCGAGAGGCGAGAACGACAGGCUGCACUUGGAGGAUGCCCUGGCACACGCCAAAGAGGAGGGCCGGGAGUUGGCAUCAGCCGGGAGCUCUUUGGAGGCUCAGCUGGAGGAGGCACAGAGAAGCAUCAAUCAGCUGAGCCAGAAGCAGCAGCGGUUAACUGACCAGCUGAAAGAGGAGGCUAACCAGAAGGAUCAGUUGAAGAGGAUGAAGAGUGACUUAGAGAAGGAGCGCUGGCAGCUGGACCAGACCAUUGAGAAGCUACACAAGGAGAUGGCUGAAAUCAUGGAGGCCUCGCGAGUAUCAACCCUUGAGCUGCAGACGCAGUUGGAUGAAUAUAAGGAGAAGAAUCGCAGGGAACUUUCUGAGACUCAAAGGCAGCUGAAAGAGAAGAACCAGGAGCUGGAGAAGGCCCGCCUGACUGUCCUCAAAAUGCAGGAGGAGGUGCAUUUUAUGGAGGAGGAAUUACGGGACCACCAAAGAGCCCAAGAUGAGGCUACUACAAAAAUGCAGCUUCUGGAGCAGACUGUGAAAGCCUUGGAGUAUGAACUGGAGGCCAAAAACCACUUGAAAGAGGAUCGGGCAAGACAGAGCAAGAUAAUGGAGGACAAGAUGUCCCAGUUGGAGCUGGAGCUGGACGAAGAGAGGAAUAAUGCCGACAUCUUGUCAGAGAGGAUCAGCAGGUGCAGAGAGCAGAUAGAGCAAAUGAGAAAUGAACUGUUUCAGGAAAGGGCUGUGAGGCAAGACUUGGAGUGCGACAAGAUUUCCCUGGAAAGGCAGAACAAAGAUCUGAAAAGUCGAAUCCUUCACCUUGAAGGCUUCUAUAGGUCCAGUAAAGAAGGGCUGCUUGUCCAAAUGGAAGCCAGGAUCGUUGAGCUGGAAGAGCAGCUGGAGAAUGAGGAGAGGGAUCGGGCUAAUCUCCAGCUCAGCAACCGCAGGCUUGAAAGGAAGGUGAAGGAACUCGUGAUGCAAGCGGAUGAUGAGCACCUCUCCCUGACGGACCAAAAGGACCAGCUGAGUUUGCGCUUAAAAGCCAUGAAACGCCAAGUGGAAGAAGCUGAAGAAGAAAUCGACAGGCUCGAGAGCACUAAGAAGAAGCUUCAGAGGGAGCUGGAAGAGCAAGUAGACUUCAACGACCAGCUGCAAGGGCAGCUGAAAGCAAUCAAAAAGGAGCUCAGCAGGCACAGGAAGCCUCCCAAUAAAGUGCUGAGUGAACUUGAUGACGAGGAUGAUGACGAUUUCAGCACCGAUGGGGAGAGCCUUUACGAAGCACCUUCAGGAUUUAAAUUCUUAAAGGACGCUGAGGUCAAAAGCUAAAAAUGAAGCAAUCCCAUAACUCUCAAAGAGCUCAAAACACCCAUCAAUUAAUUACCGGAAAAUGCGGAAGUCAAAGGCUGCAGGAAUAAUAGUGCCGAGGGAAUUUAACCGCUCUCUCCACAAUGUGCUCUUUUCACAGAUAUUUCAGAAAUAAAUAUCCCCAGCAAAAAGAACGUGCCUUCCAAACCAUCUAGAAGCGCUACAAGGGCCUGCAACCCUGGUAGAUAUAUUGACAUGUUUAGGCCAAGUUCCUCCGAAGAAUCUUGUUGCGGAGCAAGAGUGUUCUUUUUAUGCCACUCCAAGCCAAGUAAGGCAAGCAACAGCUAAACCCUGAGAGUGAAGGAUAUUAUUUAAUCACUGUAAGUAGAGGAAACCAUGUACAGAAUGUACAUAUUUUAAAGUAGACACUUUUAUGGACCAUUCUACUGCCAUUAUUGUAAAGCUUCCUAUUUUUAUAGAACACAUGCAAAGGGCUGAAAUCUGUACUGAGUAGGAGACCUAUUUUUUAAAUCUUCAGAAACCUCUUGUAAUUCUGUAUGUUUUGCAAGUCGUCUUUUAGCUUUCAGGGUGACCCAAUGGGAGGGUCAGAGAAGUUUUGCUCUCAGUUCUCUAUAGAACAACAGGAACACAGUAUCAGUCUGAAGGUCAGCGCUGGUUUUAGAGGGCACAAGGAUGCCCUAAUCCUGCCUUCCCUAGCAUAGCUUGGUAUCUAUUGUAUGAGGUGUGAUCUUGUGCAGUUUUCGUGAAGGGAAGAGAUCUUUUCUCCAAGCAUGAAUGUCAAGGCCUUUCGUUUCAGCGCAGUCCUGGGCAAAGAUCACCUGGAUGCACAGCCGGUGUCACUGGCAUCAGGGUCCUCUUUUGUCUCCUGAAGUUUGUAAAAAUGGCCAGUUGAGAAAAGGUUACUCGAUGGAUGUGAAUUUAUUAUUAUUAUUAACUGAAUAAGGGACCUGUCAACCUUCUUAUAUCACUAACAACUGCUUUAGGGAAAUCCUUAUAAAAAAGAAUACUGUAUCUCUGAAAUGCGCAUAAUUCUCGCUCUUUGCCCGUAGCUCCUGCUAAGCAACCCUCUUUUCAGUUACUUCCUCUGUCUCCUGCAGUUGCAAUCCUGAUCCACCACCAGUAGCAGGGAAUUGAUCUCUAAUGUCUCUGGAGUGCAGACUGUGCCCUCCCAUGAUAGCUUUUUUUAGAACGGAAAAAGAAGCUGGAAUUUUUUUGUGAUGACAAUCAGUAGAAACUACCUUUUUUUUAAAGUAUUUUUUGUUCUGAAAUUUUAUAAUACAGACUUUUAAUUUAUCAAGCCAGUUGUAGUUUUUAGAUCUCCUUCCACAUCCUGCCUUAACAAAAAGGUUGGGUAGAACCCGCCAGUCCUUCUGCACAGGAGCAUCUCUGCUCGUCUCAAGAGCUCCAGCAGGAUCACUUACUGACGGAUCGUGUCCACUCUUUAAACCAUUUAGAAAAAGAUCAAGUAAUUUUGCAGCUACCUCCAGAUAUGCUAUUCUGUAAAGACAUGAUAUUUUGAAAUAAACUGAGUUGGUCAAA